AUGUCUACCAGGUGGUGCACUUAUUUCAAUGAAACGAAUCCUAAAGACUACCGUUUUCUGGAUUUUUAUAAAUACCGCUCGAAGCAAGUUGACUUUACCUUCUCUUUUAAGAUAGAGGCAUACAAACUACAAAUGGAUCUAGAUCUUCUUGUGAAGGAGGGCUCUAAGGAAAUGAAAGAAGUUGCGAGACAAAUGAAAAAUAUUUUGAAGCAGAGGGACCCUCUCAUAGCUACGAUGACAAUGGAAUGUUGUCUACUUUAUGGAUGGAAUGUCCGCUAUGGGAAAAUGGGAACUCUUUACAACUACGGUGAAAAAAUGGAAUGUUGUAAACCUUAUGGAUGGAAUAAUCAUCGCAAAACACUUCAUGAUGUCAAUGCUUUUUGGAAAAAAAUUGAACUGAAUAAUCAGCUACAAAAUAUAGAGGUUGAAGGUACUAACUCAUUAAUAAGCACCUCUGCAGAGACACUUAGGACUACUAUUGGAAAUAUUAAUUAUACCAUUGGAAACAUCAAUAAUACUUUGAAAUUACCAGGAAAUCAGAUUGAUGACUCAACACUUGGAUGCAAGCGAGCUUGCGAAAAUGAUAAAGAAUCACCACCAACUCCUCCAAAUAAGGUCAGAAUUCUUAAAACAGGAUACAAUAAUGAUUCGGAAUUUUAUAAUGGAGAAUCUUCCUCAUCAGACUCUGAAAUUAUACAAAAAUCACUUACAAAUGUUUUCCUUGAGGCAAAAAAUUUAUAUCAAAGGCCUAUAUCAGAAUCUGUGGAUGAUAGUAAUAAUAUUUUAGAAUCUGUGAGUCGUGAAGUACAACAAAUGCCUGUUCCAGAGUCCAUGGGUAAUAAUAAACAAAAUGACAAUGUGCCAAAACACAAGGUUACAAGAAAUAAACCUAAAUAUAUAGAGCAUAACCUUGCACAAGAGUUGUUAACGAAUUUACAUUUAUGUCCAUUAAAAGGACACAAAUGGCUAUGGGAAGGCAUUGACAUUAGUAAUAUUUUCAAAGAUAACAAAAAUGCUAAAACGCCAUUAAACAUUGGUGUUGUAAAUUUUCAUAAUAAUUCAUGUAUACAACCUCUGCCAUCAUCUAUGAUUACAUAUAUACAAAAACAAAUGGAAAAUGAUAAUGAAGAUAUAAUCUUCUUUGACAACGACAAAAAAAUUGGAAUAAACAAGUUUGCAAUUGACAUUGAUGAAGAAGUUAAGAAAUUUCUGAAUGAGUUUCAAGAUUGUGUAUCAUUAGAUGUAUUGCGUCAAACUCUGCACAAGAAUUCGGUCCACAAUCACCCAAACCUUAAUUUUAAUAUUUGUUAUGUUUACCAGUUUUUUAAUCAUAUGUAUAACCUCUAUUCAAAUGACAUGUUAUCUCAAUCCCUAACCGAAUCUGAGUAUAAUUCAUAUGUAUGGACACCACUUUUAUCCUAUGCAUUUAUGGAGAAAGGGAAUAUUCGAAUUUCUAGUGGAGAGGUUGCAUCUGUUGCAUAUGACAAGUUAAAAAAACUUGCUCAAGUUCAAACAAAAAGUGGUCCAAAAAUGGACUCAAGAGCAACUAUUAUGUCGAUUGGUCAAGAAGUAUUGGUUCAGGAAAAUGCUAGAUAUGAUACUGCUGACAAAAGAAAAAAUGACUUAUCAAAAUUAGAAUAUUGCUCAAAGGUGUUGCUCACCAGUGCAUACCUUGCUUUGCCAACUGUUGUCCGUCCAGACAUUCAUAGAUUCGAGAUAUAUGCUAUUCAAGCGAAUGAACUUUCAUUAUCAUUAUAUGUAGCUUCUUAUAUGUUUGAGAACACAAUUUGUAUGUUUGGUUUAACAGAUAUUACAAUUCCGCGAACAGUUGAAGCUUUUCCAAAAUGUGUUGAAGCAGUGUGUAAAGUGUUGUCAUGGAAGGCACGAUCCCAAAAUAAUACCAAAAUUUUUCAUGAAUUAAUUGGAAAAUCGGCUUUCCAAAUUUGUGAGAGAAAAUAUUUCACUCCAAAAAGACUU